AUCUUAAUCAACCAAAAAAAGGAUAAUCACUAUCCGCCAUGGAUGCGACAGCAUCAAUCGAUAAUCCACCAAUUCCCAAAGCGGACAAAAUGAAAAAUUCCCCGUCAAUCCCCAUUACCAUUUCCCCCAAUCGCCGCUCUUCUCUUUCUUUAUGAUCCCCUUCCCUUAAAUCAACGUCACGAGCCACAAAAAUCACACAGCAAUCUUCCAGCAGCGAAAAUGCCUUUAAAUUGCUGGAGCUUGGCCUCCAGAGCCCCACGCUUCCAAUUCCUCGGGCAAACGACCGACACCUUACGACACCGAAGAUACCCGCAUACCCAGUUCAAUCCUUGUUAUCGGUUCAUGCCGAAAACAACCCACCACCACCAGAGCUACUGCUCCCUUCACUCCUCGGUCUCCACUUCCAAAUUGGGUCAAGACCAGGGGAGAUUUUCCUCGUCGACGACGAUGGAGAACGGAGGGCACUACCUCCGUAAUGGGUUUCAAGCAGCGACUGGCGAGAGUUACACUAAGGAAUUGGAAGUUGCCGUCAGAGCUGUGCAGAUGGCUUGUUCUCUCUGCCAGAAGGUGCAGCAGAAAUUGAUCUCCAAAUCCCAGGAUCAGGUCCAGGCAAAGGAGGAUAAUUCUCCUGUCACCGUUGCAGACUGGAGCGUCCAAGCUAUAGUGAGCUGGAUACUGUGCGAGACACUAGGGAGAAGUAAUGUCUCGAUCAUCGCCGAAGAAGACGUUCAAUCCCUCUCCAAAACUAGAGCAGCAGGGCUGCUGGAGACUGUAGUCCAGACAGUGAACUCGUGCUUAGCUGAAGCGCCACUGUUCGGGUUUCAACCUCCUGAAGCUCCCCUCGACGCCCUGCAGGUCCUCGAAGCCAUCAGCCGUUGCAGCUCAACCAUGCCACCAUCAUCCAAAUUUUGGGCGCUUGACCCUGUUGAUGGCACGCUGGGAUUUGUACGUGGAGAUCAGUAUGCUGUUGCUUUGUCACUGAUUGAUCAUGGGGAAGUCGUGCUUGGAGUCCUCGGCUGCCCCAAUUACCCCAUGAGGAAAGAGUGGCUGAGCUACCACCACAGGUACCAUAGGAUCGUGUCCAGACUGACCCCGCCAGCCGAGGAUUCUUGGGACAAAGGGUGUGUGAUAUAUGCGAGAAAGGGCAGCGGGGAGGCCUGGAUGCAGCCUUUAGUGCAGGAAGGCAAGAAAUUGGUGUGGCCGAACUCUGCCAGAAGGGUGAGAGUUUCAGCUGUUGAUAAUCCUGAGAUGGCUACAUUCUGCGAACCUGUUGAAAAAGCCAAUUCCAGCCACUCCUUCACUGCUGGACUUGCUCACAGCGUUGGUCUCAGGUAUAUACAAUUGUCGUUGAUAGUUAUCAUCUUAUAUAUGACCGAAUAUAUAUGACCUGAUUUUUUAAACUUCACAGGAAGCAGCCAUUGAGAGUGUACAGCAUGGUGAAGUAUGCAACCAUAGCUCGCGGGGAUGCAGAGGUGUUCAUGAAGUUUGCGCGAACUGGCUACAAGGAGAAGAUAUGGGACCAUGCGGCGGGCGUCGUCAUCGUACAGGAGGCCGGCGGGGUAGUGACAGAUGCCGGCGGCCGGCCGCUGGACUUCUCAGGUGGUCUCUACUUACAAGGGCUCGACCGUGGGAUCAUCGCCUCAGCUGGAGCUGAACUGCAUGAAAGGAUCAUCAAGGCUGUUGAUGCUAGCUGGAACUCAUCCAGCCUGUGAAAUAAAAUGUGUAAACUAGAGUGUGUGUGUGUUUUUUUUUUGUGUUCAUACAACUUCUUGGAAGGCUGUAAAAGGAUGAAAAGAAGGAAGUCGAUUCCAGCUUCAGACUUCUGAAUGUUAAUAAAGGAAUGCUAUAUAAUUACAGUGGUGAGGG